AUGAGUAGAUCAUUCAAAAACUGUUAGCGCUUCUCCAACACCCUGUCUUAGUCUCAGGUGAGACCCACCCGCUGAUAAAGCAUUGGAUAUACUGGCCUUCUUUCGUUUUUAGGUAUGGCUUUCUGUAUCAUAGAUACGAAUCUGAUUCUAAGGAUUUGCUACUAGCUGGAGCGUCCCAUUUGCUUGGGUUGCAGCGACAGGUUAAUCCCGAAUAUCGAAAUUGCAUCGUGCUGGUAAGUACAGAGGACGAUAGGGCUUGUUGAGUCAUUGGCAAUGCCUCCAAAGCUGGUUAUAUCUCUACGACACCACAUGUCAGGUGAUUCGCCUGGAAAGUUUUUGUAUUGGGGACUUGUGCUGACGAUAUCACCUCAAGACAGGAAGAACGACGAGAAGGCCGGAGUCAAACCUAUGGCUGUCCAUCUGGGCGAACGCAUUUGUCCCGCAUUGAGUGUAUUCGAUGCAACGUUCUUUGCGUGCCUUCCGUGGGCUGGACACUUGAACAGCCAGCGUCUCCUGUUCUACUUUUUAUUAUUAUUCCAAUUUCUGUCCUUUGCAGUCCUGUUCUGCUUGAUGGGUGUCAUCGUACCGUUCCUCCUGUCUCCGGUACAUUUGGACCUUUAAUCAUAAUGAUCCACAAGACAGUUGGAAUGAUACACGGUGCGCCUGAUUGAUAGACACAUGCCUGAUCUG